AAUAGACAGCGCGGGCCGCGCCAGGCAGCCGCCAGCCCCGAGCACGCCGCGCAGCGAGCGGCCGCACUCGCACCCGCACCCAUGCUGCUGACGCUGGCCAGCGGCGCGCUCUUCUUCCCGGGGCUCUUCGCGCUCAGCACCUGGGCGCUGCGCCGCUCGCGGCCCGGAUGGACGGAAGACGACCGCCUGACGGUCGGCACCAGGCUGGUGUCCUCGGUGCAGGCAGUGCUGGCCACCGGGGCGGGGCUCACCAUCAUCAUCUCCUGCCGCAACGUGGUCUCAGACAGGCACUGGCUUGCCAGAGAAUAUGUCUGGUUUUUGAUUCCAUACAUGAUCUAUGACUGCUAUGCCAUGUACCUCUGCGAAUGGUGCCGAACUAGAGCCCAGAAACUCAGACGUGCCACCAUUUUCCGCAACUUCCUGAUUGAAAACCGCCUCAUGGUCACACACCAUGCGGUCAUUCUGUUUGUCCUUGUCCCUAUUUCCCAGAAGCUCCGGGGAGAACUUGGAGACUUCUUUGUUGGCUGCAUCUUCACAGCAGAACUGAGCACUCCCUUUGUGUCACUGGGCAGAGUUCUGAUCCAGCUAAAGCAGCAGCAUACCCUUCUUUACAAGGUCAACGGAGUCCUCACGCUGACCACCUUCCUGUUCUGCCGGAUCCUCCUUUUCCCCUUCAUGUACUGGUCCUAUGGCCAACACAAAGGACUAAGCCUGCUCCGAGUGCCAUUUAAUAUCCCUUUACACUGCAACAUGGCCAACGCCAUCCUCAUCUCCCCCCAGCUCUACUGGUUCUCACUGCUGUGCAAGAAGGCAGCCCGGCUCUUUGACACUGCCAAAGUCAGAAAGGAUGGUUAACUACUCUCAGGUCAGACACACGAGCUGCCUCCUCUACUCAGUAUUCCAAGGACCAAAUCGUGCCUGGGGUAGUCUCUGCCUUCUGGAUAUUGAUAAGCCUCUGGAUUUGAGAUUUUCUUUUUAAAAAUCCCCGUUACCUUCCCCUCCUAACCUGCUCCUAUUGCAAAAGCCCUUCUCCCACCUGGUGACAACUUGGAUCCCGUCAAAUAGUUUUAACACAAGCCCGAGGAGCCUUCCUCGGGCCUAUGACAAGAGUUCUGGGAGGUGAGCACUGCUCUCCCCGUCUCCACCCACUCAGGGCAACACCCGUAGUACUGGGCCAGAAGCCAAUGACAACUUGGUUCUUGACAGGGCCAUUGUCCAACACUAGAAACGACACUGUGGUGUCCUAGACAGCCUAGUCCUCUCAUCUGUACAUCAACAAUGAAUUCCCGCCGACAAUGGGCAAGACGCAGGGCUGAGAGCCUGAAGCACUUGAGGUCAGGAGGCCGGCAGAGGCCACUCCCUACCUUUGCCGGCUGACUUGGUAUAGAGCAGUAUCAAACUUGUGAGCUUGUUGCAAGCAGUCACCAACACUAUUCUCUUUUCAGCAUGGCCUCUCAUACCCGGUUUUCUCUGUGUCCGCACAUUGGAAGCUGGCCUAAAACUCCAGGAACAAAGUGAAGUGAUGGCUUCUGCAGAGGUUUACUGGGUCAUCUCGCCGCCACUCUCAUACAGAGUGGAUACAGAUGUCUGCACUCCAACCCGAGGUCUCACGUAGGCCAGUGCCUCCAGCGCUUCCUGGUUAACAGACCCAUUUCCGUGUUGAAUGUGCAUUUGGUCACGGAAGGCUAGGGAGCAGGCGCAGUCAGGCUGGCUGGAGCAAGCCUUGUGGACCAAUGCCGUUAGCUGUGUGCAGUUGGAUGCGGUGUGGCACUGACCGUCCCUCACCACAGGCUGGGUCUGAGGACCUGCUGCCACUUCAGGUAGCAGCGGAAACACUACAAGUGCCUUAUAAUCCACCGUGCGUGUACUUCUAAAGGACUGGAUGGUUAUGGCUCAGACUUUGAGUUUCAGUCUUUAAUAGGUGCCAUUUAAAAAACAAAAAUGGUUUUGUGUUUUUUCUUUUGUUUACUGUCAGUGUAUCCACAAGUGAUUAAAUUGCACUAAACUCUCUACAUGUUAAGUGCACUGGUGCCGACUU